UAUUGUGGGGCUGGUCUGCGCCGCGCCAAGAUGGCGGCCGGGCAGGGGGGCGGCGGCGGCGGCAACGGCGGCGGUAACAACAACAACGGCAAUGGAACGGGGGGGCUGGCGAUCCCCGGGCACCUCACUCUGUCCUUCUCGGCGGGGCCGCACUGGGGAGCGGCCACUCUGCCGCAGCCGCACACGGUGCGCAGCCUGGACCGGGCCCUGGAGGAAGCGGGCAGCUCGGGCAUCCUCUGCCUCAGCGGGAGGAAGCUGCGCGACUUCCCCGGCAGCGGCUACGACCUCAGCGACACCACGCAAGCAGAUCUUUCAAAGAACAGAUUCACUGAAAUCCCUCCUGAUGUCUGGCUGUUUGCACCACUGGAAACUUUAAAUUUGUAUCACAACUGCAUCAAAUCCAUUCCAGAAUCUAUUAAGAACCUGCAAAUGCUUACCUACCUUAACAUUAGUCGAAAUCUUUUAUCAACGUUGCCAAAAUACCUGUUUGAUCUUCCCCUGAAAGUUCUGGUUGUCAGUAACAAUAAGCUGGUCUCCAUUCCAGAAGAAAUUGGGAAGUUGAGAGAUCUCAUGGAGUUGGAUAUUAGCUGCAAUGAGCUCCAGGUUCUACCCCAGCAGAUAGGAAAACUGCAGUCACUUAGAGAAUUAAACAUAAGAAGAAAUAAUCUCCAUAUGUUGCCAGAUGAAUUAGGAGACCUUCCCUUGGUAAAGCUGGAUUUUUCUUGUAAUAAAAUUACAGAAAUCCCAAUUUGUUACAGAAAGUUACGGCACUUACAAGUUAUAGUUUUGGAUAACAAUCCAAUGCAGAUACCACCAGCACAGAUCUGUUUAAAGGGUAAAGUGCAUAUAUUUAAAUUCCUCAGCAUUCAGGCGUGCCUCAGAAUAGAUAAAAAACCAGAUUCUUUGGAUCUUCCAUCAUUAGGUAAACGAAUCCCCUCUCAGCCACUGACAGACAGCAUGGAGGACUUUUAUCCCAAUAAAAAUCAUGGACCCGACUCUGGCAUCGGAAGUGAUAAUGGGGAUAAAAGGUUGUCCACAACAGAACCAUCGGAUGAUGAUACAAUCAGCCUCCACUCCCAGGUAUCAGAAUCAACGAGGGAACAGACAUUAAGGAAUGACAAUCAUGUAAUAGGAAGUAAACUUGAUCCACAGAAAGACCAGGAGGUGUAUGACUACAUUGAUCCGAACACUGAAGAGGGAGCUGUUCCUGAGCAAGCAGAUGUACACACUGGACCACUGCUGUCUUAUAUUAAGGAACAGGGAAAACAGCCUGAGAAAUCCCAGAAAAUAGAACAGAAUGAGGACUGGGGCGAUGAGAAAAGACUGCAGAAAGAACAGCUGCUGGCUGAAGAUGAUGAUGAACUCAAAGAAGUGACUGACUUGAGAAAAAUAGCAGCUCAGUUACUGCAGCAAGAACAAAAACACAGGCUUCUUAAUCAUUCAGUUUCAGUAAGCACAAGGAACAGGCCAAAGCAGCCAGUGGAAUCUGAGAAAUGUGUCACAACAGAUGAAGUGAAUUCCCCAGUGUCCCCAUACAGCUGGCAGCCCCUGGAAAACCAGAAGGAUCCAGUGGAUGAGCAGCACUGGCCAGAAACCCAGCCAGUGAUCUGGCAGAGUGAAGAGAGAAGGAGAAGUAAACAGAUCAGGAAAGAAUAUUUCAAGUAUAAGUCUUCCAGAAAGAGUUCAAGUGGAAAUGAAAAUGAUGAGCAAGACAGUGAUAAUACUAAUGUGUCUCCACAGUCUCCUGUGUCGUCUGAGGAUUAUGAAAGGACAGAUAGUAACACUCAUGGUCCAUUUGGUCUCAAACCAAGGUCAGCUUUCAGCCGUGCGUCACGCCAGGACUAUGGAGCCGUGGAUCCUGGAUUUACAAUGAGGAGGAAAAUGGAACAUUUAAGGGAAGAAAGGGAACAAAUAAGACAGCUUCGCAAUAAUCUUGAAUCCAGGUUAAAAGUAAUUUUGCCAGAUGACAUCGGAGCAGCAUUGAUGGAUGGAGUAGUUCUUUGCCAUUUAGCCAAUCACAUAAGGCCACGUUCUGUUGCCAGCAUCCACGUACCAUCGCCAGCAGUGCCUAAGCUCAGUAUGGCAAAAUGCCGAAGAAAUGUUGAGAACUUUCUUGAUGCUUGUAAAAAGCUGGGUGUAUCACAGGAGAGACUUUGCUUGCCUCAUCACAUCCUGGAGGAAAGGGGGCUGGUGAAGGUUGGUCUCACAGUUCAAGCUCUGCUUGAAUUGCCUGCGUUGAAAGUACCUCAGCUUUCCUCCAUGUGACACAACUCCUUGGGAGCCAGACAACGUUCCAUCCGAUCUGCCUGUUUGGAUCCCUCUGAGGCAGUUCAGCUUCCUACAUAGGAACACCCAAGCCAUCAAAAACUACUAUCUGUCCAGAUGCUGUAGAGAGCCUUACUUUGGAGUUGUAGGUGACAACCUUGGAGUCAGCUGGCAGUUAAAAGACCAUAAUUAUUCUUCUUUACUUUUGUAAUUGGAUGCACACAGAGAUGUGGUAGCAUCCGGUUCUCUUCCUGGUUAAGUUAAAAGCUGCCGUUUAACACCUCAGUGUUACAGUUAAAUGCUGGAUUUCUUUUUCUCUCAUUGAAAACAUUGUUUGAAUUCUUUUACAAGUACAAAGCACACCCCCUUCACUUUAAUCUUGCAAGGCAACCGUUUGAUUUCAAGGUAAGACAAAAAUGUAGCACUGGUGUGAUGGCAGAAAUGCGAGCGGCUGAUCACUUGUAACCCACUUCCACUCCCUCAGAAAGCUUCAUCUUUGUGUUCCUUAGUUUUUGCACUCCUCAUUGUAACUUUGACACUUCUAACAUUGCCAGUAUUUAGUCUGAGUGUCUGGUGAUUACACAAAGCAGUAUCCAAUGGGAAAAGGACACGUUUUAUUGAGUUUAUUCCAGUCUUCUAGGUUGGUGCCAAAUACUUUUUUUCAGUUGUACUGUAGAUUGUUUACAUGUGAAGUGCCUGUGUAAUUGAGAACUCGGAAUAGUCGGACACAUUUUUGCAAUUUCUUUGUUUAAAAUAGAUGAAAUGGAAAUUUUUAAAUAUUUUACUAGUUUUUUGUAAAAUCAGUAUGUGAAGAUUUAAGUAACGCUUCACACUUUUGAUGUUGGGUGUUUUUAAGUUUGUUGCACAAUUGAAUUGGUUAUUUUGUUGUCUAAUAAUUAGAAAAUACUGUAAAUACUUUUUAUUUAUGAUAUUUAAUUUGAUAAUACCUGAUCACUUUUGGGUUAAUGUAUUGUUGGACAAGAAUAAGUUGUCCACUUUUCUUUAGGACACACAGAUACACACGGUGAGUAAGAGGUGAGGACUAGUGAUGCACACCAAGUAACUUAGGACAUUUUGAUAAAACUGCCAAAAUCUCAGGUUCCUGCUGUGACUUUCAGGAUUUUGUGUAACGUUGCUCCUGAGCUCAUGUUACAUUUUUACAACAGAUUUAUCCAUAGUUUAGUUGGGAAAUAUCAGUGUUUCUCUUUUUUAGUGUUUUACAGGGUUUAUUAUGUAACUUACACAAGUGUGGCCUAGCACACAGAUCGGUUGGUACACAUGUCACUGUACUGAGACAUUAGACCAGUAGACUUUUCUGGAUAAAUGGUGAAAAGAACAUACUCCACUGUGGUGGGUUUUUGAGGCUUCUCUAAGUCUUACCUAUUUGUUGGCUUCCACGCCAGGUCUCAGUGUUUUGAGCAUAUCCUGAAACCAUGCACAGUUGAGUUGUUCUCCAAAAGAGUUGCUAAUAAUUUAGUAAUAAAUCUGUUUGCAUUAGGCGGUUUUUCAUGCAUAGGUAGUUCCACUGAAAACUGCCACAGAGUUUCUGUUUCAGGCUAAGUUUAUUUUGAUUGAGGGAUACAUUUGCCAAGCAGGUAACAAGAUUUGAUUCUAUUAUUUCCAAUUAAUCAAAGUCCCAUCUAUUAUAAUUCAUAAAGGAACAAGGAGAGGUAUUGUUUACUUUUCACUUAACUUACAGUCCUUAAAAUCAGUAAUUGAGAGGAAAAAUAACCUUCUGCUGACAAGAUUUUGUUUAAAAGAUAGAUUCCUUUUAAACCCCUUGAAACAAGCUGAUCAACAUGUAAUAGUUAAAACCCACUGUUGUUUAGAUGGCUUCUUACAGUGGGGCUCCUGGAGAGGCUGGCGUAAAACAGCAAACCUCUCAAAAGAAAUUGUAGGUUACAGGAAUACUUGUUUAAGGAAACUGGAUUGCUUUGACCUUUGAAAUGUGGGAUUUCAAACCUCUCUUAUUGGUUUGUAAAUCAUCCACGUUGGCCUCAUUUUAACACCUUCAGUCCCCAUACCUCACUAAAGGCACUUCCCUGGAAAGUCACACUAAGACUCAAAUAAGUAAUAUAAUUCAUUAAGCCAAAUGCUUGUCUGCUGCUUUUGAAGAACACAACCAUUCAAAAAAAUAAGUCAUUGUCUUUCUGUUCCUUGCUGUGGUAUUGACAACACCCACCACGUUCUCUUUCAGUACGUUAGCCAUAGAAUUGCUAACUAUAAAUGGUCACUUUUAGUUAACCUGCCUUAAACUGACCUAUUUCCUUGUAUAUUUAAAUGUUUUUUUGAUCUUAAGGUAACUUUUUUUCCCUACUCAAACUAAAUUGAUAAAGUUCCAUCUCAGUAUAAACAUUAAGAAUCCCCUUGAUGUCAUGUGCCAGAUGCUGACCCUUUUGGUCUUGGGUUGUGGGGUUUUUUAAGCUUAGCUUAUUUCCUAAGUAACUUGAAAACUGAAUGUGAAAUUAAUGGAUUUACAUUGAAUUGUACCUCUGAAGCUGAAAACUACUAAAAUAACUUUUCCUUUAGUACUCUGGAGUUCUUCCCGCAAAUUAGGAGCAGUCUCACUUUGCCAUUCCUUGGAAAUUAUGGCCUUCUUCAUGCUUACAGGGAAGGAGAAUCGUGAUUCUUCCAGGGCUUCCUUUUUAGCAUGACAAAGAUGAAGGCCUUCAAGUAUCUUUCAGAGCAGUGUUGAGAAAAGGUCCACUGUGCCUGGACAAAUCUUUUCUUCCACUUCCUUUAGCUGCUGUUACAAUUAAUAAUCUCAAGUCUUGCAGAAAUUGGCUGUUCCCAUUGUGGUGUUUUUUUUUUUUGUUUGUUUUGUUUUGGUUUUUCAUUUUUUUAGGAGCAGCUGUGAAAAAAGAUGCUUAAGUUUUGUAACAGAAGUUCAUUGGUGUCUUUCCUGUACAAGAAUUUGCCCUUUUCUCCCUUUCCAUUUGAUUGCCAGCAUCAUCUCAGUUACUUUUGUUUGUUCACAGAUAUAGUGACUUCACAUUGGUCAUUAAAACAUGCUCCUCCUUUCUCUUGACUCUAAGAAAUUUCUCCAGUGUCAUUGGUGAACUACUGUGAUUCCAGAAUCCCUGCUCCCAACAGUUAGUAUGUUUGAGAUACCCUUUUUCUAUUCUGUUUGGGAUGCAGUGGCAUUCACGAAUACUUGGUGCAGCUGAUGGAAUGGUUAAAAAGAGAGGCCUGCCCCCCUUCCUGUUGUAGUUACUCAGUUUUUACUUAGAAUGUAAAGAGAAGUUAUGAUGAGAAACUUGAGGAAGCUGCAUUAAGUUUUCCUAAUAAACUUAAGAGGUAACUAGGGUGCUUUCUUAUUGUGAAUGCUGUACAAAGUUGCUGCAGUUGUGUGAUCUGAACUAUAAAUUACAGACAGGGCCCCUGGCCUUGUGUAUGUGUUCUGUUUCUGUGUCACUGGAUGCAGUAUGUGUCACACAUGAAAGAUCUUUCAUUUAAGCAAUAAUGCCCAACUAUUGUGAGGUCUUAAAGCAGUGACAUUAAAAUAACCAUGAUAAAGUGUGGUUGCCUCCCACACAUUAUCUCAGAAGUGCUUCAUGUCUGCAACACUGCUAAUGCAGUGUGUGAGCUGGGGCACUGCUGGCGAUGCAGAAAGCCAUUUACCUCUAGAGGUCUUCCAAAAACUAAAAUGAUCAUAAAAUAUGGAGGAAACAGUUGAAACAAUAAGUACAUGAAUCAUAAGAAUGUCUGGACAAAAUCCAAGCUUCACAUAAGCCAAGGCAUGUUCCACUCUUAACUUCAGGAGAGAAGGAGGCGAGAAGAAGGGCCUCAGAGAUGGCCUUGAGUAAAGAACUCCUUCAGUAAAGGAGUCCAGGGGAGGCUGUGAGGAUGGUCAGGGGCUGGAGCUCCUUCCCUAUGAAGGCUGAUAAAAUUGAGGCUCUUGAGCCUGGAGAAGAGAAGCUGCAUGGAGAACUUAGAGCAGCCCCCAGUGUCUGAAGGGGGCUACAAGGAUGCUGGAGAGGGACUAUUCAUUAGGGACUGUAGUGA